GCACUGAGUGAUGUGAGUAAUUGUGAUAACUACGUCGUUGCAUUAAUGUUAGUAAAAUUACUUUAUAUAUAUUAUUAAUUAAUAAAAGAUUUAAUUAAUGAUCGGUAGAAGAACGAAGAACGAAAGAACUAUUUGAAGAAGAAUCUCAGUCUAAAAUUUAUAAAAUGUCCAUUUUAGACGAGCGAGAGGAUUACCUGAAGAAUCCAUACUUUGUGAAGCACGAAUAUGGUGAUUUUACUCCAUUUUAUGUCACUGUCACUAUCUGUUCCUUCAUAUUUGCAUUCCUAUGCAUUUUGAACAUUGGAUUUUGUUGGUGCUCCCGUCAUAGAAAUUAUUGGCAAAGUCCUCAUACAGGAAAUAGGUGGAUUCAACCAUUGUGGACUGUGUUACCUCAUAAAACACCACCUUUGGACUUAAGUGAGAUAGAACCAGGACGUCUUGUGACACAAGAUAAACAAGAAGUUUUACAAUAUCACAAUCCAAAACCAUAUGGAACCGCACCACAAACACAAGAAUAUAUGGAGAUGCAAAAACAGUAACACUUCAGAUCUGAAAAUUCUUCACAAGCAUACCUUAAAAAAAUUGCUUUGACAGUACAUGCAGGCAACAUCAGUUUUCUACCUUAGGAUAAUGUAGUUAUGUGCCUUAUAAAUGUAAUUCCAUGUGUCUUUUAUACGUUACCUUUUUAUACAUAGAGUAAGGAAUUUUAACGAAUCUCCGUCCAUUCAAAUUCUUUCUCUUUAAUGACGAUUUGUGUCAUGAAAAUUCGUAAAAUAUUUUCUUCUUCACUAAGAUAACUUCUAAACGUAUAAACAUUCAUUUAAAGAAUGAUACGUAUAACAAAGUAAGCAAUAAUUUUUAAAUUCUGUGUUAAAUUUAGAUAUAUUUCAUGACACAACAUGAAAGAAAAGAAACAAAGUAUUUGCGAAAGAAGAUUGUAUAAUUAUAUUGAAGAAAUUAAGAUCUGUAUCCGUCCAAUUUUUUAACGUUUUUUAUGCAAUGGCAAUUGUAUCAUUAUCUUUGAACUUUUGUAUUUUUUAUAUGGUUUUCAUAUAAAUAAAAAAUGCUUGUCUUUACAUAAAACAUGCAUGAAUUAUAUGUAUUUCACUUAUUAAAAAUUCAAAUCAAUUUGCUUUGACUGAAAAUCAAGAGUUUCAUCAACAGUUUUGUAUAUAAUAUUUAGUUUUUAUUGACAACAUUGGAUUUUUAUUACAUGUGUAACGGUUACACAAUUAUUUAAUAAGUAAGUAGAUACAUUAUACAAUUUUUGCGUUCAGUUAUAACGUCAGCUUGUAAAUAAAUUACUGACGACGAUUUCCCACGA